AUGCCCAAGACGAAGGUGAUGAAGGCUCUCAAGUCCAAGGCCCCCUUCCCGGAUGCAAAGCGUGGAAAGCAUCGUGUUCAACGACGUCCUGCUGCCAAGGCCUACAUUCCCGUCCCCUAUGUCAGGCACGGAAUCCCCUCCAGCAAGAACAGAGCUCAUCGUGUACGUUGGGGUCUGUCUGUGCAAAAGCUCAUGUCCAUGAAUGGCCGGCGUCUCAUCAACCUUCUCCAGAAGGAUCACAUUCUUCCUCACUGGCAAGGUCGGUCGUGUCCUCGCUGCGGCAAUGGCACUCUCGGUGAGCUGCGACACGUGAAGGGCAAGAACGUUUGGGCCUAUCGUUGCAACCAUUUCAAGUGCCAUAAGCAUGUCCAGCCCCACGAUUUCCACCCAAUCUUCUUUAUGGGAGCAGGGUCAUCAAUUACUUCGCUCAAUCACCAAGCGGCCGCCUUGUAUUGCGCUGUGGCCAGUGUCCCAGGUCAGUCCACCCACUUGCUUCUGGACACGGGCGACAAGCCCGUGGAGCGCAUCUACGCCAACUUGGAUGUCGCCCGGGCCAGCUAUGACGUGGAGGUCGACGAGGUGGACAUCGGGAAAAACAAGCAGCGCUCUCCAGGGCCAGGCCCCAUUCGGAAGCGCGAUUGGUCUGCAAUCGGCAACCGACACCUCGCCAAUCGCAAGGUGAUUUUGCACAGCGACGGCGCCCGAGCUUACAAGCUGAAACUCCCGCAGGUGAUGCAUUGCAAUGUGGUUCAUCAAAAGAAAAAGGCCAAGAUCAACGGAAAGGCCUUGGAUUUCUAA